CAAACAAUUUUAUUGUUUGUUGUUUCUGGUCAAAAUGGCCGACAAAUGUAUCAUGGUAAUAAUUAUUUACGUUAUCAUGGGAUAAUUCAACCAACUCAACCAAGCCAUGUACGUCGAUGGAUUGUUCUGCUUGGGCGUAAAGUAGUAUUAAAUUGUUCAGUAAAUUUACCACCAGAAGUGAAUCCAAGACAAGUACAAUAUAGAUGGGAACAUCCAGAAGGCAAUAUAUUAGGUUACAGUAAAUUAUACGUCAUACCCAAUGUAACCAUGAAUGAUGCUGGUGUCUACACAUGUCAUAGUUCUGCUUAUGUUGGUUUCGGCGGUGAACAAUGGGUUGAUCAACAUCGUCUUUACUUGGAAGUUCAAGAUGAUAUUUCAAUGGCUGGUGGUGACAGAAUGUCUGAACCUACGAUUGUACUGAAUCCAGGAGAUCCUGGACCAUUGGAUGUGAAUUUUGGCGAAGUUCUAUAUUCUCGUUGUUCAGUACUUGACAGUGAACAAUAUUCUUAUCGAUGGAUUCAACGUGCACCUGAUGGAACUAUAAAAGAGAUAUCUUCUGACGCUCGACUUUAUAUCACAAAUUUUGGACCUGAACAUUUGGAAUAUCCAAUACGUUGUGAAGUGACUCGAUUAUCCGAUGAUGAAACGUUUGAGAAAGUUUUAAAUCUUCGACUUGCAUCAUCAGGUGAUCUAAGUACUGAUGAUGAAUAUAAAACAUUAAAUUUAACCAUCAAACCAUUACCGAAUGAAGAUUUUCGUCGAGGAACUAUUGUGCGCCAGUGUUUAUUUGAAAAUGAUCCUGAUAUAAAUCGGCUGUACGAUUUUCGUUGGAUCGAUCAAAAUGGUCGUAUUGUGUCCAAGGAUGGUACAUUGUAUUUAUUGAUUGAAGAUCCGAGUGAAUUGAGCAAUUACACAUGUGAAGCAACCAAUCGUCAAACAGGUGUAAUUUACCAAGCGAAAUACCGUGUAUCUAUGCUGAACGGUCAACAAGCUAUGCAGCAUGUAGUUAAUAUUCGACCGAUUACUGGUGAAGUUAUUAUUGGUAGACCGUAUGAAAUGGUUUGUGAAGUUGAACCGCCACCGGAAGAACCAAUCAGUUUUGUCUGGUAUCAUGGUGCUAAAAUUGUGCAUCGUGAAGCAUCAUUACGUUUGACAUCAUUGUCAUAUCGUGAUAUUGGUAUGUAUAUAUGUCGAGCUGAAUGGACACCAAGAUAUUCACGAUCUGGAAGUAUAUCAGCUAAUGCCACUGCUGAAUUAAGUUUGGCCCUGACACGUGAAACAAAAAUUGAAAUGAGUCCUCCACCUGGUUCAGUGAUGGUUUCUUUACCUGGAGAAACACGUGAACUUCACUGUGAAUUUUCUGUAGCUAAUCCAAGAGAUGUUAGAUGGUAUUUUGAAAAUCAACUAUUGGAGAAUCAUCCAACUAUCAAUGCUACAGGGAAAGUUUUCCGUAUCGAUCGUUUAAGAGUGAGUAUUGUGACAAUCCGUGGCAUAGAACAUGAUCAUGGUGGUACGUACGAGUGUAGAAUCGGUCGUGAUAUAAAGCAAACACAUUUGGUUGUUAGAGCCGAAGAAGGAUUGGAAAUCAAUCCGAAAUCGGAUACAGUUGAUGAAGGUGAAGCAGUAGAAUUUCAUUGUCGUGUACAUGGAAUGAAUGGUAACAUAAAUCGUCAGUUAGAAUGGUAUUAUAGACCAUUUUACAGUUCAACACGUAUACGUCUUGAUGUUGAUACACCUGAUGGUUUUAUGCGUCACGAUGAUCCAGUCGCUCAACACACCAGUUUCAUUAGUAAAGCCAGAGCACGUGUUGCUGAUCAAGGUGAAUAUAUCUGUAGACUACCAUCUCAAAAUGAAGAAAUUGUUGGAAAACUUUUUGUUAGAGCAGUACGAAGUUACAUACUGACAAUUACACCUUCGAGAUUAACCGUUCGACCAUAUCAACCAGUAGAAUUUGAGUGUUUUGCCACCACUGAAGAUGGACAAGUAGCUCCAUUUACGCCACGUUUUCAAGUUAGAGACCCAAGAAUCAAUUUUGAAACUACACGAGUCAGUCAAAACCGUGCUCGAUUUGUGUUGCAACAAGGAUUGGGUCCAGAGCAAAAUGGAACUGUUGUUGAAUGCCUUUCAGAUGAACCAAGUAAACCAGCCACAGCAAUAAUUACAGUGGAAGAUAUAUGUCCAGACGGUUCACGUCGUUGUCGUUCCGGUCAAUGCCUACCAGCUGGAAGAUUCUGUGAUGGAGUUAGAGACUGUGAUGAUGGUUCAGAUGAAGAUCCUAAGUUGUGUAAUAUUUGUGACCCACUUUCAAGAAAAUGUGAAUAUUAUCAAGGAAGAGAACCGAUAAAAGCCACAUUCAUGGUACAUUGGACUUGUGAUGGUGAAAGUGAUUGUGGAAAUGGUUUUGAUGAGUCAAAUUGUGAAGCACGAGCUACAGAACGUUGUCAAGAUCGAAUGUUUAAUUGUAGACGAGAUGGUCGACAAAUUCCAAUGGCUUUUGUAUGUGACAAGGAUCGAGACUGUAGUGAUGGUGAAGAUGAAUUAACUUGUGCUCCACCAAUGAUUGCCGAACCACGCACUACACGUUACUCUGUUCGUAGAGGUGAUACUGUAGCGCUUGUUUGUGAAGUUACUGGCAACCCUGUACCCUACGUAAUAUGGCGUUUCAACUGGGGUUGUCUUCCUGAUGAACCAAGUCGUUUCAGAAUAACCAAUGUGCCUAGAAACUGCAAUGCACCAAUGCCAACUGUUGUGAGUACCCUGACAAUUUCAAAUGUAAGACCAGGAGACGAUGGUAUUUAUAAUUGUGAAGGUCUUUCAGGGGCCACUCGAGCUCUGUCUAAUGACUUGGUUGUCAUGAUUGGAGGUUAAUUAACCUAUCAUGUUUUCAAGAAAUGCCGAUAGCAUCUUCCAAAAAACGAAAUUAAUUUCAAAAAGAGACAUUUUAGAAGUGUUUAUUUUAGUUUAAUAUAUUCCCACAAAAUUUCAAUCUGUUCUUUUUUCAAAUGAUAUUUAAGCAAAUAAUUAAAACAAAUAUAUUUUCAAAGUAUAUACAUACAUAUUACCAAUUUAAAAAAACACUUAGCUAUAUUCAAAAAAUUAUUUAUUAUACAUAUUUAUUUAUCAACUAUUAUUUGAAUAUUAAAUGUGUAAAACAUAAGUGGAACUACAGUGCAACGGUCAAUUCAAUGUUCAAUUUCGAAAUGCAUUUUCAGACUUCGGCUAAACGCAUUUAGUAAUUUUACAUUUCCAGAUAUUAUUUGAUUGUACUGUCAGUUUAUUUUCAUUAUUGGAAGAAGAAAGGAAAAUAACUCAAGUUUGUACUAAAUGUGAAUGAUUUCAAUGACGAAAUUAAACUAAAAGAAUUGUUUGAUGCAAAACAUUUUAAUCAACAAAUCGUACAUGUUCUUCAACCCAAAGUUUUAUUUUUUUCAGCUUAUUGAUGCAAACUGAGUUGUUAAUUUUAAUUAAUUAUAUUAUUUUAGAAAUAUUUACGCUUAAUAAUAUAUUUUCUCAUGUUUACAUGAAAA